GCUAAUGCGGUUGUUGUGUUAUCAUGUAACUACUACUCAUACAAGGUAACUUUAUUCAUGAAAGUACUAACUUCGGGCUUCGUGAGUGCAAAUCCGUGGUGUGUAACUUCUUUGGCUUGAAGGUGAAGUAAAGGUAAAUUUCGUCCUGCAACAUGAGAACCGUUGUUCUGUUGUGUUUGUGCCUCGUGCUGGUACUCGGCGAUCCGCUGGCCCCACUCUACCACACUGAGGAUCCUGUGCCCAACAUGUACAUCGUCAAAAUAAAGGACAGUGUCGAAGCGGCUUUUCGAGAGGGCAGAUUGCAAGAGCAGAUGGGAAGGGCUGGACUUCUAACUGCUGUCAGGAGAACUACUCGUUUCUUGAACACUGUUGUUAUGGAAAUCCCGGAAGAUAAAGUGGACUCGGUUCGAGCCAUCGACGGUGUGGAGUACGUCGAGCAAGAUGGCAUUGUGCACGCAACUGAGGUGGGAUCCUGGGGACUAGACCGCAUUGACCAGAGAGACCUACCACUCGAUGGAAACUACUCUGCACCAGGUGACGGUGAGGGCGUGCGUGUUUACGUGAUUGACACGGGAGUUCGCCACACCCACGAGGAGUUCGAGGGCCGAGCCCACCUCGGGUACGACGUGUUCGAUGACGGCUGGGGCGGCGGCGACUGCGGCGGGCACGGCACACACUGCGCCGGUACCAUCGGUGGCAAGACGUACGGUGUGGCCAAGAAGGUUACCAUCUGGGCUGUCCGGGUACUGGACUGCUCCGGGUCGGGGACUUGGUCCGGUGUCCAAGAAGGUAUGGACUGGGUCAUAGGUCAUGCAGCUACUGCCCCUUCGGUUGCCUCCAUGUCCCUGGGGGGAGGUAAGGUAGAAUCCAUCAACAAUGCCGUGACCAGGAUGCAUAACGCGGGGAUAACCGUGGUUGUAUCGGCGGGAAAUGACAACCGACCGGCAUGCAUGAACUCACCGGCUAGCGCUCCCAAAGCCGUUACAGUUGGUUCGACGACGGAUACCGAUGCCCGGUCCUAUUUCUCAAACUACGGGACCUGUGUGGACAUCUUUGCCCCGGGGAGCUCCAUCCUGAGCGCCGGUAUCAAAUCGGACCGUGCGGUGGCGACCAAGAGCGGUACAUCCAUGGCUUGCCCGCACGUCUCUGGUGUAGCAGCAAUGGAGCUUGGUAAGAACAACAACCUGGAUCCCUCAGAUGUCGCCAACAUUCUCAUCAAAAGGGCCGUCAAGGACAGGGUGGCCAAUAAGGGAUCGGACUCGGUUAACCUUCUUCUCAGGGUUUAAUUAUAAAGGCACCAACAAAAAUCGCACUUAUCGGCCUACAUGUUUGUCGUAUACUUAUGAUUACAUAACACAAUACUAAACGCAAACGAUAUUUAUUUAUAGAAAAAUACAAAUUGUACAUACUGAGUAUACGAGGUUUAUAUUCAUUUAAGGAAUAACUCGAGUUGUGCUAUAAAUCAGUUGCAUGAGAUUUAGUCUGAAGAUCAGACGUACGUUCACGUUGAGCCACACUACAAACGUCUGAUAUUAUGCGUGCAUGUAUUUUUAUGCGAUUUCGCGCUCCAGAUAAUCGGAGCCGCCUUUAGAAAUUGUGACGUAAUUUUGAGACGAAGUUCGGCCACAGCUGUUGACUAGUCGUGCUUUUGUCAAACAACGUCGAGUUACCUAAGACACGGUAGAAGGCGCCUGCUGAAUGAUCAGAAUCUGGAGGUCAAAACGCAGUGUUGUUUUGCAUAAUCUGCUCGCAUAUAGACAGCAAGCAUCUGUUCUACAGACUAAAGAGACAUUUUCUUUGUCAAGAAAAUUUUUCUAAAACAAAAUGUUUUUGAUCGUAUUUUGUUUUAAUUACAUACAGUUAAAAGCUAUAGCUACUGCUAGAGUUGCUAGGUUUUUUUUUAGCAAUACUGAUACACAUAAAUCAAAUAAACAUCAGGAAGUCUUUAGUAAUCCGCAAAAAAGUAAAAGAUGAAAUAUGAAUCAGGAGUGUUCCGGUGUCACAUGAAAAUCCGACUCCUAUGAAAAUCGGACCCCUA